AUGGCUGCCACGCCCGCUGUGAUUCGCACUGAAUCAAACGGACAUAUUGUGAGCGGUAUUGCGAUUGGCUUCGUCGCUGCUUCAGCGGCCGUUCUCUCCCUCAGACUCUAUACACGACUAAUGCUCCUGAGGACUGCUGGGAAAGAUGACUUGAGUAUCGUGGUUGCAGAGUUGUUCGCAAUAGUUGUGACAGUCGCAACUUGUCUUGAGGUCAAGUAUGGUAUGGGAAGGCAUGUGGAGAACGUGUCUCUGGAAGAAACGCUUCAACAGCUCAAGUUUCUGCUUGUUGCUGUCCUCCAUUACAACAUGGGGAUGAACGUCGUUAAAGUUUCUUUUCUCUUCCAAUACCGACGCGUCUUCCCUUCCAAGGGAGUUCAAAGAAUCUGCCUCUGGGCGAUGGUGUUUGUUGUCCUGUGGGCAUGCGCUCAAGCUACGUUACUCGGCACAUCGUGCCUGCCAAUCUCCAUCAUCGUUCCCAGUACCGCCAGCUUCUGUCUCAACACGCUCCCAAUUUGGUACUUUUCCUCAGCCAUGAGCAUGGCCACGGACAUUAUGAUCUUCUGCAUUCCUCUGCCAUCCGUUCUCAAGCUGCGGCUUCCUAAGAAGCAGAAAGCCAUGUUGUUUGGAGUCUUCUCUCUUGGCUUCUUUGUGUGUAUCAUCUCCGUCUAUAGAAUGUUCACCCUCCGCACCGCGGUCUACAGCGAGGACCCCCCCUGGGAGAAUAUCGGCGCCGCGAUCUGGUCCGCCAUCGAACUCAACACCUCUAUCAUCGCCGCCUCUCUGCCGACCCUCCGGCCGUUGCUCGCGAAGUGGCUUCCAGGAGCAGGCCUGUCGUCCGCUCACAAGAGCGGGACUAGCGCCUACCCACGAUACGGGAGCUCAUCGGGGAUCGGCCGCAGCAACUUCAAGGAGCUAAAGAGCAACAACACUCAAAGGGAGGUCAGCACCGAGGAGCUUGUGCUCAAGGAUAUGAUAGCCAGCCAGUCGGGGGCUGUGCCUGCGGUCUACUCUCAUGUGACGGCGGAGCCGAAGACAGGGCACGUGGGCCAGGAACUGCGAGGAGACUUUAGGAACCAAAUAAUGGUAACGAGAGAGACUACCAUCAGGCAAGGUCGUUGA